AUGCUUGGUUCCGUUCGUCGAGGCAACGUCCUCGCACGUACUCUACGAACAUGCAUUGCGCGGCCGGUUAGAAUACAGGCAGGCAUUCAGCAGCCGAUAAACACAUUCCGGGUAGCUCAACAACAGUCUAUCCUGCCGACGAGAAGUUUCCAUGCGUAUCCAGCCCUUAGAUCUUCUCAAGCAGCCAGCGCAGUUAAGGAAGCUGAAGAAGCACCCUGCGAGCUCACUCAGUUUUCUGAACUGGCCUCCAAUGGAUUGAUCAGCGAUAAUGUCAUUCGCGUCAUUACGAAUCAAAUGAAUAUUACGACCAUGACAGAUGUACAGAGGAUGACCAUCAAUGCUACGCUAAAUGGUUCUGAUGUCCUCGCCCAAGCGAAGACCGGUACCGGUAAAACGCUAGCUUUCCUUCUUCCGGUUGUUCAGAAUAUCCUCAAAGAUCAGCAACUCGCUCAGCGCCCAAGAUUCUCUCACAACCAGACCGACGCUUCAGACAUCCGCGCGAUUAUCAUUUCCCCCACCCGCGAACUUGCCGAACAGAUUGCUGUUGAAGCGAAGAAAAUUGUAUCAAACACUAGCAUCAUUGUCCAAACAGCUGUGGGAGGUACAAGGAAGCGUGAAGGUUUGAUGCGGAUUCAGCGCGAUGGAUGCCAUAUCCUCGUUGGCACUCCGGGCCGCCUUAUCGACAUCUUCUCUGACCCCAACAGCGGUGUCUCUGCCCCAAAACUGAGUGCAUUGGUGCUUGAUGAAGCGGAUCGUCUUCUUGAUAUUGGCUUUGCUCCUGACAUCCAAGAGCUUCAAACCUAUCUGCCCCGUCGUCGAGAAGUUGACCGACAAACUCUUAUGUUUUCCGCCACGGUUCCGCGGGAGGUGAUGUCCAUGGUUCGUCAGACAAUGAAACGCGAUUUCACUUUUGUCAAAACCGUUCAAGAGGAUGAAACUCCAACCCACCUGGCCGUUCCUCAAAAACACGUUGUCCUCCGAGGCAUGGAAAACCAGCUCCCAGCCAUUCUAGAAUUAGCGAAACAAGGCAUCGAGAAACAUGAACAAGAUCCGGAUAAUAAUAUGCCGUUCAAAGCGAUCGUCUAUUUCAAUUCUACCGCCGAGGUGACAUUGGCGAAGCAAGCCUUUGCGGCAAUGAGGUCGAAUACCUCUACACACUCGUCGCAUCCCCUCCCUGAUACCCCGUCCUAUGAAAUGCAUUCUCGCCUGUCUCAAGAGCAGAGGACAAGAUUUUCAACCAUGUUCCGCAAAUCCAAGUCUGCCAUUCUUUUCUCUUCUGACGUUACUGCGCGUGGAAUGGACUUCCCUGACGUCACCCAUGUGAUCCAGAUGGGAAUCCCGCGAGACAGGGAAACAUAUAUUCACCGCCUUGGACGGACAGCUCGUGCCAACAAGAAGGGAGAGGGUUGGCUAUUCACUUUGGAUCUAGAGAUCGGAAACCUUAGGCGAACUCUGGGAGGUCUCCCAAUCCAAUCUGACAGUCACAGCCUUCUCACUGCAACAGCUGACAUGUCAACGGACAUUGGUCACCCACCCCAUGUGUCUGACAUUUUCUCUAAAGUGAAAGAUGGCUUCAGAAUGGUUCCGAUGAAGGACAAGUCUACCGCCUAUGGCGCAUAUCUGGGCGUAAUGAGCAACACAAGAGAUAAAUUCGAGGUUGUUCGCUACAUCAAUCAACUUUCGGCUCACGCCUGGGGCUUGAAAGAACCCCCAUUUUUCUCGGCCUCGCUCGCUCACAAAAUUGGAUACAAAGGCGUUCCGGGUCUGAAUACUAGGAACGACAAUCGCGAAGAUGACGACUCUCGCGAAUCUUCGGGGUCUCGCGGCUCCUAUGGCUCCAUUAAUUCCUACGGUUCUCGUGGCUUUGCUCCUCGCGAUCCUUAUGCUUCCCGUAUGUCUUACGGCUCUCGCCCCUCUAGUGACCGGGGCGGCCGGGGUGGCCGGGGUGGCUGGGGUGGCCGGGGCGGCCGGGAUGGCUUUAAUGACGGCGGCAAUCGAGGUUCCCGUAAUUCCAACCGCACAUUUGGAGACGGGCGUGAAUAUAACAAUAACAGACAAAUCCGUAGCAAUCCUUUCGACUUUGACUUGUAA